AUGGGUUCCGCAGGACCUCAGUUCGACAUCUUCUCGGACUACCAGAACACUAUUGACGGCAGAUUGUCGAGCACCAAGAGUACACGCCAUGGUGUCAACCCUGCAACCGGAAAGCCCAACCCUGAGGUGCCAGUUUCGACCCAGGAAGACGUUGACAAUGCUGUCGCUGCUGGUCUGAAAGCCUUCGAGAGCUGGAAGAAGACCACAUGGGCGGAACGUGCGAAGGCUGUGUCUGCAUUCGCAGAUGCUCUCGAGAAGCACAAGGACGACUUUGCCAAACUAUUGACACAGGAACAGGGCAAGCCGAUACAAUUUGCCCAAGGCGAAAUCGCUGCCGGCUUCACAUGGUUGCGCGCAUUCCUUGAUCUGGAGCUCAAGGAGGAGGUCAUCAAAGAGGACGACGAGAAGAAGACCAUUCAGCGCUACACACCGCUCGGUCUUGUCGUUGGCAUCGUUCCCUGGAACUUCCCAGUUCACCUGGCUUGUGGCAAGAUCGGUCCUUCGGUCCUCACGGGCAAUCCCAUCAUCAUCAAGCCUAGCCCUUUCACACCUUACUGCGACCUCAAACUAGGUGAAUUGGCUCAACAGUUCUUCCCACCAGGUGUGGUUCAAGUACUUUCUGGUGGUGACGACCUUGGUCCCAUGCUGACCGCCCAUCCCGGCCCGGCAAAGAUUUCCUUUACCGGCUCUUCAGCUACCGGCAAGAAAGUUAUGGAAUCUGCCUCCAAGACCCUCAAGCGCAUUACCCUUGAGCUCGGUGGCAACGAUCCUGCCAUCGUCUGCAAGGACAUCGACGUCGAGGCCACCGCCCAGAAGGUCACAUCGCUGGCUUUCCUCAACUCGGGCCAGAUCUGUCUCGCAAUCAAGCGCAUCUACGUCCACGAAGACGUCUAUGAGCAAUUCCGCGAUGCUGCUGUCAAGUUCGCUCAGACAAUCAAGUCCGGCGAGGGCAACGAGGAAGGCGUCUUCCUGGGACCUGUGCAGAACAGCAUGCAGUUCGAGAAGGUCAAGACUUUCUUCAGUGAUAUUGAGAAGGAGAAGUGGAACGUCGCUGUGGGCGGGAAGAAUGACGACUCCAAGCCUGGCUACUUCAUUGCCCCCACCAUCAUCGAUCGCCCAGCUGAGGACUCGCGUAUCGUUACGGAAGAGCCAUUUGGCCCCAUCGUGCCAUUGCUCACCUGGAAGGAUGAGGAUGAUGUUGUGAAGCGCGCCAACAACACCAAGAUGGGUCUUGGCGCUUCCGUCUGGUCGAAAGAUCUGGAUGAGGCAGCGAGAAUCGCGAAGCAGUUGGAUGCUGGCUCUGUUUGGGUGAACACCCAUCUCGAAGUCGACCCUCACGCGCCUUUCGGUGGCCACAAGGAGUCCGGCAUUGGCUACGAAUGGUCCAAGGGCGGCUUGACGGCAUUCUGCAACGUGCAGAGUCUGUUCUUGAAGAAGAAGGUGUAA